AUGGAUGAAGAUGAUGAUGAUGAUUACAAAUAUCAGAGUGGUUUCCUGCUGGAUCUGUGCUCCCACCUGAAGGACUAUGAGACUAAAACAGGUUUGAGAGUCCUUCCAUCAUUACAGUCAGUUUUCCAGUCAGCUCCUGCAGUCUGGUCCAUAAACCUCUCAGAGAGAAAGACCUCCAUCCUCCUGGAAGUGCUGAAACUCCAACCAGAAAAGAAACCGGUGGAGCUGACAGGCUGCUCAGAUGAAGAGAGUGAAGUGAGGAGUUUCCUACAGUGUCUGCCUUAUAUCUCACAGCUCAGAGGCUCAGGUGAAGUCAAGUUCUUUGGGAAUCUGUUCUGUGCAGCAGCAGAGAGAGAACAACAGACAGGAGAGAAGAUACUGGAGCUGUUAUCAUCAGUGUGCAGAUAUCAAACAUUCCCUCUUAAGGAUGAAGAUGAUGAUGAUGAUGAUGAUUACAAAUAUCAGUGUGAUUUUCUGCUGGAUCUGUGCUCCCACCUGAAGGACUAUGAGACUAAAACAGGCUUGAGAGUCCUUCCAUCAUUACAGUCAGUUUUCCAGUCAGCUCUUGCAGUCUGGUCCAUAAACCUCUCAGAAAGAAAGACCUCCAUCCUCCUGGAAGUGCUGAAACUCCAACCAGAGAAGAAACCAGUGAAGCUGACAGGCUGCUCAGAUGAAGAGAGUGAAGUGAGGAGUUUCCUACAGUGUCUGCCUUAUAUCUCACAGCUCAGCUGUGAUCCAGAGUUCUUCCAGAGUCUGUGUGCAGUCAUCUCUGUAAGAUCCAGAGAGGCAGAGCAGUUGGCCUCUGUGCUGCAGCUCCUGGGCUUCACCCUGCUGUUAACAGGAGAGUUACACAGGAAAACCUGCAGGUCUGUGGGGAGGGUUCUCAGACUGUGUGGCUCUGAUGUGGAUCUGGUCCUGACACCGAGAAAGAUGUCUGUCAGAGGAGCCUCCCUGCUCUUCAGCUGUACAACACAACUCCACAGUCUGAGGCUUUCCAGCGACAUGGCCUUGCUACUGUGUCGAUGGGUGAGAAGAGGGAGAGCGGCCUGUCCGUUGGCUGUUGAAGAGCUUUCUCUGGCCCCUCAGAAAGCCCGACCAUCAGACAGAGUGCUGUUGAAGGUCGUCAGUAGUUUGGCGUCCCUGCUGAGAUCCUGGGCAGUCAGACGACUGAGUCAGGAGAUUUUCCAGCAGCUCCUCUCCCUCCUCCAUGAAGUCCAGGACGAGGUCUUGACCCGGUCCUUCUUGAGUAAGGUUGGUGGAGACCUGAGCUCCUGCUGUCUGAACUGGGAGCUUCUUCACUAUCUGCUGCAGCAGUCGUCAGCUCAGACCAUCGCUGUGAACCUGAGGAGGAACCUCUUCUUACAGGAGAGCGUCACACGUCUGCUUCCCUUUCUGGACAGGAUUGUAUUUAAAAGGCCCAGUCCCGGCUUUGUGUUGACUGCCAUCAGAGAGAUCUAUAAAGCUCGUGCCAGUCCCAUUAUACCCAGUUUACUGAGGUCACUGGAUCAUGUGAUCAACCUGACCUGCAGAGAGAUGGACUCUGUGGACUGUGCUGCUCUGCUCUUCACCCUCAAACACAGUGACAGAGUUAAACUGAACCUCCAGUGGACCUCCAUACCACCAGGGGACACAGAGUCCAUCCUCUUUACGCUGGACAAAGUUUCUCAGCUCAGUGUGGACAGGAACCUGCUGCUGAGGCUGGUGCACUGCUGUGCUGCCUCCGACGCCCAGCAGGGGGCAGCAGUCGGCCUGCUCAGGACUGUGCAGGACAGGCUGGAUCUGUCCUGCUCCUCCUGUGUGGAGCUGCCAGAGGAGGAUCAGAGCGAGACUCUCAGUCUGACCGGUGAGGACUGCGGGGCCGUCUCCGCCAUCCUGAGACGCAGCGUCCGGGACAUACAGCUCAACCUGCAGGACUGCGAGGUGGAGGACAGCGGACUGGACCUGCUGUUUCCUGUCCUCCGCAGAGUCCGCCUCAGAGCCAGUAAAGCUGUCCUCCUCCAGCUGGUGUCCCUGGUUCCUGUGAACAGUGAGGGGGACACAGUGAGACGGGCGGUGUCCCUGUGUAGAGCCCUGGACGGAGAGCUGGACCUCAGUCACACCUCACUGGAUCAGAGGGCCUGUGGAGCUUUGGCCCUGAUGCUGGACUUCUCUGAAGGGCUGACCGAGCUGGACCUCAGUCACUGUGAGCUCACCGACCAGCUGCUGCUCACACUCAUCACACAUCUGCACAAAGUCCAGGUCCUGGAUCUGAGUCACAAUAAGAUCUCUGAUGCUUCAGCUGGAAAGUUACUCCACCUGGUCUCCAUCAACCCCUCCAUCAGCACUGUGCGACUCUUCAGCAACAACAUUGUGGACCGAACACCCUUUAAGAAAGACAAGCGGUUUGAACUCUGUACACCCCUUCUUUCUGUCCCUCUUCAGACCAGCCUGGUGUCGGUGGAGGGUUUGUCCCGGCUUGUGGACCCGUCCCAGCUGACCUCUGACCUCGGCGGCUCGCUGGAGUACGACCACGUGGAGUGGACCGAGCUGCGUCUGGGUCUGGAGGAGUUCUCUGGGGCCGCCACUCAGCUGCUGUCCCAGCUGGAGCAGCUGGAGGCCGGGCUGAACCGCAUACCAGAGCCCCAGGACGUGGACGAGGCCCGCAAACUCCUCGAGGAACACAGUCGUCUCCGUAACACCAUCGCCACGGCACCUGUCGACGGCCUGGAGCGAGAGGGGCGGAGCUUGCUUCAGCGCAUGCUUGGGCCCUCCCACGGUGACGCCUCUACUGAAGGCAGCGGCGGUGGCGGCCACGGCAGCUGGCUGUCGGGCGGGGCGGACUUUCAGAGCGUUGCGCCGAAGGUUUCGUCUCUGCUGGACCGGCUGCAGGCGGCUCGCAGUCACCUGCUGCAGAGCUGGAGUGACAGGAAGCUGCACCUGGACCAGGCGCUGCAGCUGCACCUGUUCGAGCAGGACGCCACCAAGAUGUCGGAGUGGAUCGCUCACAGUAAAGAGUUGUUCAUGCAGAGUCUGGCGGAGGUCGGCCAGAACCACCAGCACGCCCUCGACCUCCAGACACAACACCAGCACUUCACCGCCAACUGCAUGAACGGCAGCGUGAACGUAGACAGCGUGGUGACCGUGGCGGCGAGGCUGGCGGAGGCCGGUCACUACGCAGAGCGAAUCGCCAUGGUGUCGUCACGGUUACAGGAAGACUGGAAGUCCCUGACGACGACACUGGAGGAGCGGAGCAACACGCUCGCCAUGGCAACCGGCUUCCACCAGGGGGCAGAACAGUUCCUGCUCAGAGUGGAGGGCUGGGUUCAGACGUGCUCUGAAGGGACGUUGCCUUCAGCGACAGCAGAGCUGGAAGCUGCAACAAAGAAACACCAGGAGCUGAACGAGGAGAUCUCUGCUAACUACACACAGGUCAGUGAGAGUGGUAAAGCCUUAUUGGAUGUCCUCCAGCGUUGCCCGGCGGCCGACUCCGAUGACGCAGCCACCAAACCAGACUUCAGUGCUGCCACGCAUGGCAUCAUGGGAGUUCUGCACCAGGUCAUGCAGGGUCACCAUGAGGUGGAGGGGGCGUGGCAGCAUCGUAAGCUCCGCCUCCACCAGCGCCUGCAGCUGUGUGUGUUUCAACAGGAUGUUAGACAGGUGUUGGACUGGGUGGAGCAGCACGGUGAGGUUUUCCUCAACAAACACAGCGGCGUGGGGAAGUCUCUGCACCGCGCGCGAGCGCUGCAGAAACGCCAUGACGACUUCCAGCAGGUCGCACAGAACACUUACACUAAUGCAGAGAAGCUUCUGGAAGCAGCCGAUCAGCUGGCUCAGUCUGGAGAGUGUGAGGAGGAGGAGAUCUACCAGGCAGCCCGAGACCUGGAGCUCCGCAUGCAGGCGUUCAUCCAGAGAGUUGAACAGAGGAAGCUGCUGCUGGACCUCGCUGUGUCUUUCACACACACCAAGGAGCUCUCAGUAUGGAUGGAGGGCCUCCAGAAGCAGCUCUCCUCAGAUCUCUGUGUUUGUCCGGACACCGUUGAGGCUCUGCAGGCUCAUCAGCAGCAGCAGCAGCAGGCCAACACGCAGGAAGCUGCGAUGAGUGUCAUCCGGGAAGGAGAAGAUCUCAUCCUGCAACUCAGGCCCCAGGGUAGCUCGGUGGCCCAUGUGGAGUCAGUGUUGCAGCAGCUGGAAGAGUUCAUUCAGUUGGAGGAACUUUUCCACCAGAGGAAAAUCCGAUUGGAUGUUUACCUGCAGCUCCGCAUUCUGCACCAGUGCACACUGGAGGUAACCGGGGAAAUAGAUGCCUGGAAGCAGGACCUCCAGAAACAGUCCCAGGACUUCUCAGCAGAAAAGCUAGCAUCGCCACGGCUAGCCGAUGCAAACCACGACAAGCUAGCCCAGGACAAGCUAGCAUUGGGCCAGUCACGGCUAGUGGAGGCCAGCCCUGAGGUGCUAACGCUAGCACAGCAGCGCAUCCACAGGCACAUGGAGCGAAGGCUGGCUAUGAACAAUAUGAUCUAUGAGGUCAUCCAACAAGGUCACGACCUUCAGCAGUACGUCACUGAGGUCCAGGCAUCGGGUAUCGAGCUAUCGGAGGCAGAGGGGGGUCUCUCCUCUCAGGUGGAGGAGCUGCAGCACCUCCUGCAGGACAAACAGAAGGAGAUGCAGCAGAUUGCAGAUCACACACACACACACCUGGAGCAGAACCUGCAGCUGAGACACCUGCAGAGCCAGGUCAAACAGGUGCUGGGAUGGAUCUCAGAGGGGGAGGUCAUGCUGUCGUCCUGCAUGUUGAACUCCAGCUGUCUGUCUGAAGCCGAGCAGCUGCAGAGGGAGCAUGAGCGCCUCCAGCAAGCCAUAGAGGCUCUGCUCCACGCCGACUCCCUGCAGAGGACUCAUCAGGUGGCUCUGGCUCUGCAGCAGAGAGCAGAGCUGCUGGUCAGGUCAGGUCACUAUGAUCCAGAUGGAGUGAGGUCUUGUGCCCAGACGGUGGCGCUGCACUGGCAGACUCUAAUGCUGAGGAUUGAAGACAGACUCAAACUGGUGAACGCCUCCGCAGCCUUCUACAGGACAUCCCAGCAGGUGUGUGGGGUACUGGAGAGUCUGGAGCAGGAGUACCGCCGGGAGGAGGACUGGUGUGGAGGUGGAGAGAGACAACCGGAGCAGCUCAUGCCACUCAUCAACAAACACAUGGAGCAGAAGGAGGCGUUCCUGAAGGCCUGCACUCUGGCCAGACGAAAUGCUGAAGUUUUCCUCAAGUACAUCCACCGCAACAGCGUCACGAUGGCGAACAUCUCAGGCCACAGCGUCACCGUCUCCGGGGUAACGGGGAUGACCGAGGUCACGGGGCACUCCAGGGUACCAGAGCAACAAGUCAAAGGUAUCCUCAGUGAGUUGCUCCAGAGGGAAAACAGAGUUCUUCAUUUCUGGACUUUGAAGAAACGUAGACUGGAUCAGUGCCAGCAGUACCUGAUGUUCCAGAGCCACACCCAGCAGGCUCUGGAUUGGCUGCAGCAGUCAGGUGACCACUACCUGGCCACGCACACAUCGCCGGGCGCAUCGGCGUCUGAAACACAAGAACUGCUGAACCAACACAGAGAGUUUUGUGUGUCGGCCAAGCACACCCAGGAGAAGGUUCACCUGCUGAUCCAGCUGGCUGAGAGCAUGCUGGCUAAAGGCCACGCCCACCGCACUGAGCUUCGUCGCUGUGUUGCCACGGUGGAUAAACGAUACCGCGACUUCACUGUCAGGGUGGGACAGUACCGCCACCUGCUGGAGACGGCGCUGGGAGGCUGCUCACAGGACAAUAAGGACCUGGAGCUGGAGCUGAUCCCCAACAGUCUGUCUGACUCCGACCCCGAGGUCAACCUGUCUGACCCCAGCCAUCAGGUCAGCGACGAGAAGAGGCGCUCCGCCCGAAAGAAAGAGUACAUCAUGGCUGAGCUCCUUCAAACAGAGAGAGUCUACGUCAGAGACCUGCAGGAGUGUAUAGAGACGUACCUGUGGGAGAUGACGAGUGGCUCGGAGGACGUCCCACCUGGUCUCACCAACAAGGACGACAUCGUGUUCGGAAACAUCCAGGACAUCUACGAGUUCCACAACAGUAUUUUCCUGAAGGAGCUGGAAAACUACGAACAGCUUCCUGAGGACGUGGGGCACUGCUUCGUUACCUGGGCGGACAAGUUCCACAUGUACGUGACGUACUGCAGGAACAAACCCGACUCCAGCUUACUGAUCCAGCAGCACGGCGCCGGGUUCUUCGAGGAGGUCCAGAGGAGACAUGGUCUAACCAACUCCAUCUCCUCCGCUCUGAUCAAACCCGUUCAGAGGAUCACCAAGUACCAGCUGCUGCUCAAGGAGUUGCUAGCGUGCUGCGAGGAGGGGAAAGGGGAAAUAAAGGAAGGCUUGGACGUGAUGCUGAGCGUACCGAAGAGAGCGAACGAUGCUAUGCACGUUAGCAUGCUGGAAGGUCUGGAGGAGGGUCUGGAGGUGCAGGGCGAGCUCCUCCUGCAGGACUCCUUUCUGGUUUGGGAGCCAAAGUCUCUGAUCAGGAAGGGGCGGGACCGACACCUCUUCCUGUUCGAGCUGUCACUCAUCUUCAGUAAAGAAAUCAAAGACUCGUCCGGACGAACCAAAUACCUCUACAAGAGCAGACUGAGGACCUCAGAGCUCGGUGUGACGGAGCACAUAGAGGGGGAUCCCUGUAAGUUUGCUCUGUGGGUCGGACGAACGCCGACAUCCGACAACAAGACGGUCCUGAAGGCGUCAUCCUUGGAGCUGAAGCAGGAGUGGGUCCGCAGCAUUCGCCAGGUGAUCCAGGAGAGGCGGGGCCACCUGCGGGGGGCGCUGAGGGAGCCCAUCCCCCUCCCAAAGACACCAAACCCCACCCUGGGCCGACAGCGCAGCAUCAGCCGCAGGGAGACCAGCGAGGACGCAGACAGCCUGGGUGACGCCAGCAGCCAGCCCGACACCGUCUCCAUCGCCUCCCGAACAUCUCAGAACACAGCCGACAGCGACAAGCUGUCAGGAGGCUGUGAGUUAGUGGUGGUGUUGCUGGACUUCUCCUCCGGGGGACCGGAGCUCAGCGUCCGCUGCGGUCAGACUGUGGAGCUGGUGGAGCGCUCGGCCGAACGGCCCGGGUGGUGCCUGGCCCGAACCACGGAGCAAACGCCCCAACAGGAGGGUUUAGUGCCGAUGAGCGCCCUCUGCCUGUCACACUCCCACAGUGCAGCCGACAUGGAGGGGCUCGUCCCGGCUUCCACCACCUCCUCCAGCACCUCCUCUACGUGCACCACCACCGCCUCCUCCUCCUGCAACUCCUCCUCCACCACCACCACCUCCUCCAAUAACUCCAACUCCUCCUCCACGCUGAACGCUGGGAAGGUGAGUGUCUGA